UGCGGCCUCCUGAUUGCAAAGAAUCCCACCGUCUGCAAGUGUCACUUUCCUUCCCCAGCAAAUGGCGGAUGACGCCGGUGCCGCCGGAGGGGCCGGAGCAGGCGGACCUGCUGCUGCCGCGGCCAGGGGAGGCUUCCGAGGAGGCUUUGGCAGUGGAGGCCGGGGCCGUGGAAGAGGCCGGGGCCGUGGUCGGGGCCGUGGUCGCGGGGCUCGAGGAGGCAAAGCUGAGGACAAAGAAUGGAUGCCUGUGACCAAAUUAGGCCGACUGGUAAAGGACAUGAAGAUCAAAUCUCUGGAAGAGAUCUACCUUUUCUCUCUUCCAAUCAAGGAGUCUGAAAUCAUUGACUUUUUCCUGGGUUCCUCGCUGAAGGAUGAGGUUUUGAAAAUCAUGCCGGUGCAGAAGCAAACACGGGCAGGGCAGCGCACCAGGUUCAAGGCCUUCGUUGCCAUUGGGGAUUACAACGGUCAUGUUGGUCUUGGGGUCAAGUGCUCUAAAGAAGUUGCCACGGCCAUUCGUGGGGCCAUCAUCCUGGCGAAACUCUCCAUCGUGCCAGUGAGGCGAGGCUAUUGGGGGAACAAGAUUGGCAAGCCUCACACUGUGCCAUGCAAGGUCACAGGCCGCUGUGGGUCCGUCUUGGUUCGCCUCAUUCCUGCCCCACGUGGCACAGGGAUUGUGUCUGCCCCCGUUCCCAAGAAGCUACUGAUGAUGGCGGGAAUUGAUGACUGCUACACCUCAGCCAGGGGCUGCACUGCUACCUUGGGCAAUUUUGCUAAAGCCACCUUUGAUGCUAUAUCCAAGACCUACAGUUACUUGACCCCUGAUCUCUGGAAAGAAACUGUCUUCACUAAAUCUCCUUAUCAGGAGUUCACUGAUCAUCUGGCAAAGACCCACACCACCAGAGUGUCUGUGCAAAGAACUCAAGCAGCUGCUGUGGCAACCACCUAAAAGAUUCUGUGCAUCAAUAAAGCAAUCCUCAAGUUUUAAACCAA